CCUCUCGGUUUAAUGUUUACUCUCAGGUGCAUCAUGGGACCUUUGAUCCAAGAUGUCCGCUUCCAAACCAUCCUCGUGCUUCUCACCUGCCUGCCCGUUCCAAAUAACGCCGCCUUCAACCUUGUCGUCCCUUCGGAGCCUGUGAUUGGUUUCGAGGGCGAUGACAUCAUCCUUCCCUGUCGCCUGUCUCCCCAGAACAGCGCAGCUCACAUGAGCGUCACGUGGUUCAGGGAGGGGCAGUUUACUUCCCCCCUGUAUGGGUUUGACAACGGGAAGGAGAAUGUGAGACAGGACUACACGGGCAGAGUGAACAUGUCCACACAGGGGUUGGAGAGGGGCGACGUGUCUCUGGGGGCUGAAGGGAGUGCUGCUGGCUGGAAAGGAAGUGUCCCUAGGAUCUCCAUGGCAACACGCAACGAAACCUUCAUUCAGUUGAGCUGCAGCUCUGAAUUCUGGUACCCUGAACCUCACAUGCUGUGGCUGGACCACCGUGGACAGGAAGUGACAUCAGCGCAGACGGAGGAAGCGAGACAGUCACGUGACCUGUUCUCCAUCAGCAGUCGAGUCAAACUGGGGAAGGAGCGACUCCAGGGCAUCUCGUGUGUGGCGAUGUCACAUGACAGGAAGUACAGGCUGGAGUCUGCUAUGAAGGUGACGGAGGGGUUUUACCUCGGUAGCGUGGUGGACCGCGGCUACAUCUCCGCCGGUCUGAUUCCCUUCUUCCUGACCCUGGUGUCGAUCUCUGCGUCCGCUGUCUACACCCUCGUUCAGAGACGACAUGUUAAGAAAAGACUAAUGAGUUUGGGCGAAAGACAAGCGGAGGUAAACGAAGCCAAAGAAGAGGGAGCUUCUUAUAUUAACAGUAUAAAGAAAAAUGAAGAGUUGUUUGAAAUCACUGGCAAAAUCCCUGACUCUGUUUGGAACUUAAUGGUGGAGUGUGCAGAGGAGGUGACCUUUGACCCUGAUACAGCACAUAACUGCCUGCACAUAUUAGAAGACCACACAUCUGUCAAGUGUGGACAGGUCGGUACAGGACAGAGUACAAACAAAAGGUUUGGAAAGGUUCAGUGUGUCUUGGGAAAGACAGGGUACACUUCAGGGAGACAUUACUGGGAGGUUGGUCUGGGGAACAACACACAGUGGAGUGUAGGAGUCGCCCAAGACCCUGAGAACAGGGGGUCGGAUAACUCCAUCCGCCCAGACAACGGCUACUGGAGUAUCUGUUUGGAGGACGGAACGCUGCGGACUGUUGAGGAAUCACUUACUGUUCUGCCUUCAGAACUGAAGCCUGCUACUCUGGGAGUGUUUCUGGACAUUGACAAACAGAGAGUCGCUUUCUUCAACGUGGAGAAGAGGUGUCACAUCCACUCCUUCUCUUUCUCUGAGAGAUCUACCAAGGAACUGUUUCCUUUCUUUGGACCUUUAACUGGGUGUAAAGAGGAACUCAGAAUUAUCCCUCCCCCCUCAAGUUUAGAGUGAACGAUGAGAUAUUACUGAGUAGACAGGUCUCAAAAAAAUCAAAUGUAUUGUACAUAAAGACUUUUAUGCAAUGCCAAUUGUCAAGCACAGGUACACAAGUACAGUUUCAAGUUCGGUAUGAUAGCACCACAGUAGUGUUCCUACAGUGACUUAAGUCUAUGCCAAACACAAUUUGUUUCAAGACCAGAUUAAUCAAAUUACAAUACAU